GACGGGUACUAUUCAACGAGCACGAAAAUGGGCGACUACUGUGAAACUGUUAACGGGACUACUAUCCAUUCAUCCGGACGGCACCUUUGGUUACGCUUUGUAUCCGACUCAUCAUUCAAUUCCAAAGGGUUUAAGUUAAGGUAUACUACCGAGAGUGAAGGCAGUGGUUCAGUCGGUGUAAUCAUUGGAAUCAUCAUUGGCAUCGCAGUCAUCGUUGCUGUCAUCGUCAUCAUAGUGUACUGCACUAAAAAGAAUCGACGAGGAGCAGUUACCACAGGGGCUCCUUCAACGAUAACCACCACAACAGUCACCACAGUUCCUCAACCCCAGGGCGUGCCUCUACAGCCUGUUGGCCAAGCCCCUCCAACCCAAGGUUACGCUGGAAUACCCCCUCAAGGCAACACUGGCCCACCCCCUCAAGGCUACGCUGGUCCACCCCCUCAAGGCAACACUGGC